GUAAGGUAGGUAGUCAUCUAACGUGUUUGCAACAGUUGUGUAAUAGUUGUUUAUUAGGUACGUUUGUCGAGCCGCGCGAAUUUGAAUCUUUUUUAUCAUCAACUGUGCUGGAAUAUGGACUGAAAAUAAGGUAGAUACUUUUUAAAUAAAAUUAUUAAAAAGUUAGUUUUGUAAAAUCUUUAUUUAUUCGGAUAAAAGUGUGGAAAUAAAUGAUAAAUUAUACUGAAUUGGGUUCCCAAAACCGGAUAUUUCUCUUGCUAUGAAUAAAGGCCCAGUACCUAAUAAUUAAUAUUUCUAAAAUAUGCUGAAAACUAAACAAAUCGAUCAACAUUAACGACGUUAAAAGAGCCACUCAAUUUGACGCAGAUGACACUAAAGAAUAAGCCAAACGUUAUGGAUACCAGAGGCGUCUCGAUAACAUGGAAAAAACUUACUGUCAAGGUGGAUAUCAAGACGCAGCACAUUUUUCAAAAUUCCACUCACACCGUAAAAGAAAUAAUUCAUAAUGCGAAUGGAUAUGUGAAACCGAACAGUCUAGUUGGCAUUAUCGGUGCCAGUGGAUCUGGCAAGAGUACCUUGAUGUCAGUGCUGGCAAAUAGACAAUCAAGAAAUUUGAACGUGAGUGGAGAUAUACGACUAAAUGGCCAAAGGAUACCUUCUGGAUUGAUGAAGAAAAUUGCAGGAUUUGUUUACCAAGAUGAUUUAUUUGUUCCUACAUUAACUGUUGCUGAGCACUUACACUUCGCGGCGCGAUUAAAAUUGGACAGAAGGAUUACAACGAAACAAUGUGAAAUAUUGGUGGAUGAAAUACUAACAGAUGUUGGAUUGGCAGGAUGUGCAAAUCGUUUUAUCAGUAAUUCGAAUGAGGAUGAAGGAGAAUUGAACAUAUCUGGAGGUGAACGAAAACGAUUAUCAGUGGCUACAGAAUUAUUAAUUAACCCAGCUUUGUUAUUUUGUGACGAACCUACCACGGGCUUAGAUUCAUUUACAGCGUUGAAACUCAUGACCAUAAUGAGAAAUAUGGCUGAUCAAAAAGAUAAAACGAUCAUUUGCUCUAUUCAUCAACCCAGUGCAAAAAUAUUCGAGCUGUUUCAUCAGAUUAUAUUAUUACACGAUGGCAAAGUUGCCUUUAGCGGUACUACCGAAAAUGCUGUUGAGUUUUUUCAAAACAUUGGUUAUCCCUUCAAUGAAGAACAAAAUCCAGCUGAUUAUUUAGUUAAAAGUCUAUCAAUAGUUCCUGGACGUGAAUUAGAAUCUAUAGAAAAAGCCACCAAGAUUUGUACGCAAUAUGAAAAAAGUCAAUAUUUCAAUUAUGUAUACGAACAAAUUGAGCUGGAGCGUCGUGAAACAGAAACAUUCAGCGGUCUGGAAAAAAUAGAACAUAUUUUCUGGCUUCACAAGCUGUACUUGUUAACCUAUCGAGAAGUGCUGAGUGGCAUAAGAGAUCCAUCAACGCGAUAUAUGAAUUUCAUUAAGCAAAUGGCGAUAGCCGUUUUUAUAGGACUUUGUUUUAAAAAAACCACCGUUAUGAAUCAAGAAAGUGUGCAAUCAAUCAAAGGAGUCAUUUUAGCAAUGGUGACUGAAAAUAUCUUUCCUGCUUUUUUUAUCGUAAUGGGUCAUUUUCCCAGUAAGAUGCCGGUGUUUUUACGAGAAUAUUCAAAUAAUAUGAACUCGCCACUGAUUUUUUAUACAUCAAAUAUGAUCUCCUUGAUUCCAGGAUUGCUGUUGGAUCCAAUUUUAUUCGCAGUAAUAUGGUAUGUUUUGCUGGAGCUACGUAACAGUUGGUUAACUUUCCUGGUUACCAUAUCAGUCACCACUUUAGUUUUUAAUAUAUCGGCUAUGUGUGGAAUUUUGGCAUCGCUGGUGACGAACAGCUACAAGGGUGCUGAUACCUUGUCAACAACUUUUGGUGUAUUAUUCUAUUCGUUUUCUGGAGUAGCGAUGAAUCUGAGAUCGAUUCCUGUGAUAUUUGCGUGGAUACGGUAUGUUUUAUGGAUGACUUACGCUGUGGAAUCUUUGCUGAUAGUGUUUUUCGAGGGUGUGGAGAAUAUUCAAUGUUCAGAGGUGCCAGAUGUACCGUGUCUGAGAACCGGUCACGAAGUCUUGAGUGGAUUAGGUUUUAGUAGUGAGAAUUUGCAACGAAAUAUAAUUGCGAUGUGUGGUAUUUAUUUAAUUUUUCACUUGAUUAGUUUUACUACGUUGAAGAUUAGAUUGUAUUUGAAAUUUUGACUCGUGUUAUAUUUUCUUAUUAUUAAACGUUAUUUGAUGUAAUCUA